GAGGAAUGGAGAGAUGGCGUUUGCGGCGGCGGGAAAGGAGAUGGGGCGGGCGUCCUACAUCCGGCUCAAGCACGGGGAGGAGCGGCGCGAGGCGUCCUGGAAGGCGCCCGAGGGCCGGAUCUUCUCCGCCACCACGCGCACCGAUGUUGCCGCGCGCCUUGGCGAGCUCCGCGACCAGAUCCUCGCCGGUUGCGCCUCCUUCACCGACCUCGCCGCACAGCACUCUGACUGCUCCUCCGCCCGCCGCGGCGGCGACCUAGCUACGCUUCCACUUGCCCCACUUACGCGCUUUGCAGGCUUUCAUAUAGGGUCUCUGAUCAUGGCAAACCGGAAGCACCAGCCCAGGAAGAGCUCGACAGCGUGGAGGUCCUCCCCAGCCAGGAGUACGUGA